AUGGCUGAAUCAACCCUUGAGGGUCUUCCCACCGAGCUUAAGAUUCUCAUCUUAUUCCGAGUGCAGGACGGCGAUACCCUCAAAUCCCUCGUGCUUGCAUCACCCGGAUACCACCAGGCAUAUCUUGCAGUGAGAAGCGAACUACUUGGAUGUCUUGUAAAACGGCAAUAUAGUGGAUUUCUUGACCUGGCAGAAGCGCUCACUGCUGUGCGGUCACAAGGCGUGCAUUUUAGCCUCCAGAUGAAAAACGCAAUUCUUUUGCUGGAUAAUUGGCGCCGCAGAAAUGAGAUUCGUGGGCUCAGUCAAUCCUCGUCGAAUCAAUUGGACGAGCCUAACGGCCUAGGGGAAAUUAUAAAACUACUCCAUUUUCACAAAAUGCUGUGUUUUUUCCUUGAGGACUUUUCAAUCAAUGCACCAAGGCCCCCAUGGAUCCAGCCUAUCCAAUGGGAAAACGAGUGCCUGCCUUUACAGUUGUUGCAUUCCGAAAAGCGCCGUUUCCUAAGGGCGAUGUGUCGAUUCCAAAUUCUGAAAAAUAUCUUCGGGGACCCAGUCCACUGUUUCGGGCACGAAAGUUGUGAUUCAUGCGGGCGCAGGAAAGUCUGGCAGUUAGGGGAAACACACGAAUUACGAGAUCUCAAAAGAGCACACGGUGCUUGGUACAUUCACGAGAUGGCAUAUCAGUUAUUCUAUGGCACCAUACCCCCUUGGGAACACGAAGAAAUGGGCAGCGUGUUCAGUUAUCUUAUUACAAAGACCAAGGCUAUUUCCAAAGAAGUUACAGACGACUUACAACAGCUCAGCAAGAGUACACCAUGCGAGUUCUUUUGGGAUAUUCUUCCUAUAGAACAACGGCCACCUUCAGGUUGUGAAAUUGAGAGUGAACGUGACCUUGUUCACUUCCACCAACAUUUCGAGGGAUUGGCGGGGCUAGGGCCUGAAUUUCUAUAUCGCGUUCUACAUAUGGAUCGGCUUUCUCGACGUAAUCUCGUUUGCAUCAAUACCCGGGGCUUCUGGCCGGGCCCAUUCAUCGGACUCAGAAUCGGGCUGUCGUGGGAUCAUAAGUUCCCCUUUAUCGAUCCAGCGGAUCGGUAUGAGUCCCAGAAUUUUGAACAGCUCUGGUCUACCCUGUCCCCUCUUGAACAGCCUACUGUGGGUUGGAAGAAAGCAUGGCUGCUGCCCCAUAAUGAGGAAGACAUACUUGAGGAUUCCAUGGAUUUCAAUCGGGAGUCUGAGACGGACUGGGAAUGGAGUUACGCUCUUUGGGAUGAGAGAAGAUUGAAGGAGUGGGAAGCACCAUUGCUAGUAGAGGACAGCUAG